AGCCUGGGAACUACCGCUGGCACAGGCCGGUGUGUCCUGCCGCUAAGAUGGCGGCUCCCUUGGUGCUGGUGCUCUUGGUGGCCGUGACAGUUCGGGCCGUGCUGUUUCGCUCCAGCCUGGCCGGGCUCAUCUCGGAGAGGGUGGAGGUCGCGUCCCCUUUAAAUGCCUGGAAGCGAGUGGUCGAGGGGCUAGCCUUACUUGAUUUGGGCGUGUCUCCAUAUUCUGGUGAUGUUUUUCAUGAAACUCCACUAAUAAUAUACCUCUUUCACUUCCUGAUUGAUUAUGCUGAGCUAGUAUUUAUGAUUACAGAUAUGUUGACUGCUGUCGCUCUCUAUUUGGCCGUUCAGGAUUACAACAAAGUUACGUUUAAAAAGCAAAAACUACUAAUAGAACUGGAUAAAUAUGCACCUGAUGCAACUGAGCUUAUUCGGACCCCCAUGGAAAUGUACUACAUCCCUCUCAAGGUUGCACUGUUUUAUCUCUUAAAUCCAUAUACUGUGAUGUCUUGUGUUGCAAAGUCCACUUGUGCCAUCAACAAUACCGUAAUUGCAUUCUUCAUUUUGGCAACAAUUAAAGGUAGUGCCUUGCUCAGUGCUGUAUUUCUGGCCUUAGCAACAUACCAGUCCCUGUACCCUCUCACCUUGUUUGCGCCAGCCGUUCUGUAUUUAUUGCAGCGUCAGUUCAUACCAGUGAAAAUGAAAAGCAAAGGCUUCUGGCUUUACACCAUGCAGUAUGCAGCUCUGUAUUUGGGAAGCCUGGUGGUGAUUAUUUGUCUCUCAUUCUUCCUCCUCAACUCUUGGGAUUUUAUUCCGUCUGUGUAUGGUUUCAUCCUUUCCGUUCCAGACCUGACACCCAACGUUGGCCUCUUCUGGUACUUCUUUGCUGAAAUGUUCGAGCACUUCAGCCUCUUUUUCGUGUGCGUCUUUCAGAUCAACGUCUUCUUUUAUACUAUUCCCUUGUCGGUGAAACUAAAGGAGCACCCCAUCUUCUUCAUGUUUGUUCAACUUGCCAUAAUUUCCAUCUUCAAGUCCUACCCAACUGUGGGAGACAUUGCCCUUUACAUGGCCUUCCUUCCACUCUGGAGCCACCUGUAUCAGUUCCUCCGGAAUGUCUUCAUCCUCUCCUGUGUGCUCAUUGUCUGCUCCCUGCUCUUCCCGGUUUUAUGGCAUCUUUGGAUUUAUGCAGGAAGUGCCAACUCAAAUUUUUAUUACGCCAUCACUUUGACGUUCAACGUAGGACAGAUCUUGCUCAUCUCAGACUAUUUCUACGCCUUCCUGCAGAGGGAGUACUACCUCACUCAUGGAAUCUACUUAAUUCGAAAAGACAGGACAGACCCCAUGCUGGUUCUCAAAUAAAGUUGGCAUCUGAUGCGACUGUGGGAACAGACAACGGAUGAUACUUGGGGUGGGGUGGGGAGAUACCUUUUUUUUGCAUAUGGUGAACGGGCUCCUGUUUGGGGAAUAUCCAAUUUAGUGCUGGUACAAAGCGUGAUGCAGAGAGCAUGAGAAUGGUUGAGAAGCCCACCUGGGUAGCCCACAGCCGCUUCAGAAUCUUCUUGUCACCGCUGUGAAUGCCACUCAUCAGUUCUGGAUAAUUCCUCGGGACUUGGUGAAAUGCAUUUGAAAUGACACCAAGGAGGGGUCUUGCAUCCAGGCAAGUGACAAGGCCCAUGGGUGGUGAUUUUUUAAUAUUAUUAUUUCUUGGGGAAACUCCUGGGAAUUUUCUCCUUGGGGAAAGGAAUAACUUCAGCAAGCGUUUAUUUGGUUCCUCUUGCUGCUCUGCUUCCAUUGCUUGAAUUGGCAGCUCACCUGCCUGAUGUACAGGGAUCCUUGUGCCCUUGGGAGAGAAUGGGCAGCUACUCUUGGACACUUACUCUCCUUGCACUGAUACUGGAAACUGGGAGGCCCCAAAUGUUCUGUGUACAGUUUUAUGCUCCGGACAAAUGGUCAGUUUGAUGUGCAUCAGAGUGGAGCUGCCAUUGGAACCAGCCUGGGAGACAUGGAGAUUUGCAUUCCGCUGCUUGUAACCCAAGAAUUCGGAGGACGUUUGAAGGAAUGGCCAGGUGGAUCAAACUUGUUCACUUUUCUUUAACGGGGAAACACUAUGGAAAUGCAAAUGAAUUGUUCACGUGCAAUCUUAGGAAAAUGAAAAUUAAGAGUUACGGAAAACCCAAAGCGAAUGCAUUAUUGACCAGAGAGGUCAUGGUUGGGCUACAUAAUCCAUUCAGCUUUUAAGAUUCAUAGGAAAAUUAUUCUUCCCAUUUCUUCCCAACCCUACCUCCUCUCUUUUUUGGAGCAUGAUACACACUCUUAGAUCUCUAAGAUUUGAGGCCAGAAAGCACAAAAGUGGGAGCACUGUGAAUGGAAUGUUUGGGCCCAACAAUAGUUAUAACCAUUACAUAUUCUACCCAAAGUGUUACUGUUUUAGUAGGAGAAGCAGUAAAUUGUGACUGUAUUAGAAAAGCAGCUAUGCAAAAAUGGCUACCCCACCCCACCCGCUUUUAAUGCUUGUGUGUUGAGUUGGUUCACUUCCCUUCAGUAACCAAGAGACAGGUAUUUUUGUUUGGAGAUGGCUGGCAUUUUUAACUCUUCUAACCCAGCACAGCUACGGCUAGUUUCUCUGACAUGUUAAUUUUACCAGCGGAGUGGUUCCCUCACCGGGUAGCCAAAUGAGACCCAGCCAAACUCCUAAAGCCCAGAAGAGGCCCACCUUGAUAACUAUAAGCAGAAGAAAUUAAUUUUAGACCCACUGAAUCUGUAAUUUAUUGCCCUCUGUAAUUUUUUUAAUUUUAUUUUUUGCAAAGUUGCUCUACAGGCUAUAGCUUCCUUUCUCUUACAGUGUAUUAAAGCAAUCUUUCAGAAGGGAUUUUUUAAAAAUAAAAAUAAAAAAAGCUUGCCUUAUUAAA